CUUCGCUUGUAAACGCGCUGCAAGACCUCCUGUUACGCUGCAUCACUUCUGACCGUAAAAUCGCGCUUCACGUUAAUACUACCUUGUUGCUGAGCAUCCAGCGCCGAGAUUACCUAGCUUUGCCGCAAUGCGUCGAGGCGUCUUAUGCACCUAUACUUCGCAACACUAUAAUUCAACGCCACGAUGACGCUGGAAGAAGCCCUUGCAGAGUGUGAUACUUGUGAAGAUGCAGAAGAUACUUCCUGGACAGAGAUAGCAAAAACGCAUAGGGUUGUGCGCUCAACGUUGACGCGAAGAUACCAACGCGAGACGCGAUCGCGUGAAGAGCAGGCAAUUACACAACAGAAGCUCACCCCACAACAAGAGGAGAAGCUUGUGAAGUAUAUAGAAGAGCUUACUGCUCAUCAUGUACCCCCUACACGAGAGGUGAUUUCAAAUUUCGCGUCAGCAGUCGCCUAGGAGUUAGUGGGCAAGAGCUGGGUUACCUCCUUUAUUCACAAGCACUCAAUCCAUCUCAUCUCUUAGUACUCAACAGGUAUGGACUCAGAUUGCCACAACGCCGAGUCCUACAGCAAGUAAAAGCUCUACUUUAACUUGUUACAGG